AAUCGCAAUCGCAAUCGCAUGCUUCAUAGCUUGCUACCAAAAAGUGCCAGCUGGCACACUCUGAAUUCCGCUGUUCGCAAUUUAUAUAUAAACCCGAACAAUAGGGGCGCGUGAGCUCCACCUCCUCAACGGUCUCACUCUGACACACUCUCCCUCCCUUCGCUUCCUUCUGCAACCUCUCUCUGCGGUUCUUCCCUCACCACACCACUACUCUCUCCUCUUUUUUCUUCUUCUUUUUUCUGUUUCUGUUUCACAGUAAUAGGGUUUUAGGGUUCAUCUUCUUCCCGCACAUUUCAAUGCCGGAGAAGUCCAGGAAGGUACCUUUCACGGAACAAGACUCAGCAAAGCUCCUAGAAAGCAGGUAUGAUGCAACGACGGUGUUAACUUUGCUUCAGGAACUUGCGCACUAUCCUCACGCGAAGAUCGAUUGGAAUGAGUUGGUGAAGAAUACAUCAACUGGCAUUUCCACCGCCAGAGAGUAUCAGAUGGUGUGGCGCCACUUGGCCUACCGUCAUGCCCUUGCUGAAAAUCUUGAAGAUGGUGCUCAACCUCUGGAUGAUGAUAGUGACCUAGAGUGCGAGCUGGAAGUAUCGCCUCCAGUAAGUGCUGAAGCUGUGUCAGAGGCUGCAGCAUGUAUGAAGGUAAUGAUUGCUUCUCGUACGCUGAGUGAAUCAACCCCUAGUAGCUCAACGAUUGAGGCUCCAUUGACUAUAACUGUUCCGGUUUGCCGUGGAUCUGGAACUCCUAGUGGAAGUUCACAAUCAUCUAAAUUGAUGCAAGGGAUGAAUGUUAUUUUUCCGGUUACUGUUCAGAGACAAACACUGCCAACUGCACCAUCAACAGAUGGUGUUGAGACCAAGGGAUUAGGUGGUGGCAACAUGGCUUCCAAAAGGAAGAGAAAAGCAUGGUCAGAGGAAGAGGACAUCCAGUUACGAGCAGCUGUUCAGAGAUUUGGUGAAGGAAAUUGGGCUAACAUGGCCAAAGGAGAUAACUUUCCUAUUAAGAGAAGUCCUACUCAAUUGGCUCAGAGGUGGAGCAUUUUAAGAAAGAAAGAUGGAACUGCCAAUUCGGGAACCAUCGUGACCAGCACAACUUAUACUACUGCCGAACAACUGGCAACUCGUCAUUCAUUAUCUUUAGCCCUUGAUAUGCCAUUCAAGAAGUUAACUGCUCCUGGAACUGCUGAUCAAGCUAAGACAUCCUUAACAAGUAAAACUCAAGUGCAGCAUAACGCUACAGCAACAACAAUACAAAGUAGUUUACCACCACAUCAGCAAUCAAUGCUCAGAGGUAAUCCAACUCCAAAUCCUGCAUUGAAAGCUACUGCAGUUGCUGUUGGUGCCAGAGUUGUUUCUCAGUCAAACAUUGCAUCACAAAUAAAGGUUGCACAAGCAAGAAAUGCUGUGCCUGGAACAAGUAUUUCAUUGGCAAAACCAUCCACUUCUGCUGGUAUGUCUUCCGAAUCGGAGGUACAAGCUCGCACUAGUUCAAGUGUUGCACAUGUUCCCCCUCAGUCUGUACGCAUUCCAUCUCAGUCUGCACCUGCACCCUCCCAGUCAACUGCUCCUAUCACAUCUCCGUCAUCGUGCUCUAGUACCGUUAAAGCCGCCUCUUCUACGGUGCCUGUAUUGCCUGAGAAGGACAAACCCGUUACCCCUGUGGUUAACAAAGUUCCAAUAAAGCAAGAAGUUAAUACUACAGAUGAAUUGCGAAAUUCAAAGCCUAGCCCGGCACCAAAAGAGAUGGUUCAAAAUGAUGAGAAAUCAACUCAAGACAAGAGCAUGAAUAUUCCCGUUAAAGAGAGGGUUACUUCUCUUGUGGGAAGUACAAGAAAGGAGGAAGUAGCAGAAGAUAAAGCAGUGCCAAAAAAUCAAGUCAAGUCUGAAGAUGAUGGAAACAAGGGGAGCCAUGAUUUAGAUAAAGAAAAGAGCAAAAUUUCAAUUAAUGGAAGAUCUCAGGAUCAAAAGAUGGAUGAGAAGCAAGAAAAUUUGCAGAACUAGCAACAGUUGGUUCGGUGGUUGACUGAUUUAGCUUGUGCAAAGAAUAGGUUUUCUUUCUUCUUCUUGUUGCUGUUCUAUAGUAUGCUGAGCUCUAACUUUUUAAGGUCGAAGUCAGCCUUAGGAAUUUGUGGAAGAUCACCUAAUCACCUACAGCAAAAUCUUGUAAUAUCCAUAAGUCUUGUUUGAUGGUAAAUAUAUUUUAAUUUCUCCUUUGUUA